GACGACCAGUUUUCUCAUCAGUCGACGUACGCACGGUCGUACGCACUUUUCCGCUGCCACAGUCCGCGCAGUCUACGACAGAACUGACCCGUAGCCGUUUGUACAUUGUUUUUUACAUCCGUCUCGCCGAUAUUAAGUCGAAUCUUCUAAAACAUCUAUUCCAAGAUGACCAGGCCCAAAGGAUGCGAGGCUUUUUUAUCGGAUUUGGAUAAAUUGCCAUGCAUACAAAUUGGAGACUUUAAACUCCGGUUAGAACUGGAAGACGAAUUGUCACCAGAGUUAUUGGAAGUGGCCGUCAAAGAACUCAGAGAAACGCCCGAGCAGCAAGAAAAAUCGAUUGCUGAACUGAAGGCAUUACUUGAAAAGGACAAUGAUCUGAAAGUUCCCAUAGACAACAGAGCGUGGCUUAUUCGCUUUCUUCGUCCAACGAAAUACUAUCCGGAAAGCGCUUACAAGCUGAUCAAACAAUACUAUCAGUUCAAAGUGAAACACGCGAAUAUAUACAAUGGCCUUUCACCCAAGACUGAGAAAAACAUAUUCGAUCACGAUAUACUACAUGUUUUACCUAAACGUGACCAAGGCGGCCGCAGGAUUUUAGUUAUCGAAUUAGGAAAGAAAUGGAAGCACAAGAAGUGCACGUUGGACGAGGUGUACAAGGGAGCUGUGAUAUUUCUCGAAGCUGCCAUAAUGGAACCAGCCACCCAAGUAGCUGGAGCUCAAGUAGUAUUCGACAUGGAUGGUUUGUCGCUGCAACAGACUUGGCAGUUUAGCCCGCCGUUCGCAAAGCGGAUUGUCGACUGGCUUCAAGACGCUGUUCCUGCGAGGGUUAAAGGAAUCCACAUCGUCAACCAACCGAUUCUGUUCAACGUCGUCUUCAACUUCUUCAAACCAUUCCUGAGGGAAAAACUGCGGUCGAGGAUCGUCUUACACGGUACCGACCGGGAGUCUUUGCACAAACACCUAUACCAACCAUGUCUACCAGAAUGCUACGGCGGCACGUUGGACGUACCUCGUGUUACUGGACCUCAGUGGCAUGAACUACUGGUAACAGUAGAAAAAGAAUUUGGCGUUUUAAAUAAUUACGGUUAUGGAAAAUGAUUCCAGCCAACGGCGUCCAGUAAUAUCGUCAAAGACAAAAUGAAGCCUUCCACGAGUCUUCGAUAAUUUAAAAAACAAAAAAAAAUAUUUUAUUAUUUUGGUGUCUGUCGAUCGUUUAUAUAGAAACCCCUUAUUUUUAUUCAAUCAAACAAAUAAAUUAUUUUAGUUUUAAGGUUAUUUUUAGCCAUGUCAAUGAUUUCCAACUUAUUAGUACUUCUAAUAUAGUAAGUAUACAUAUAGGUAACAUUGUAGAAAUGGAGUAUGUUAAACAAUGUACCUAAUCGUAUACCUUAUUCUUAGGUGUAUAAGUUAUUUAUUCUUUAAUUAUAUUAUUAUAUUUAAUAAAGACAAUUUUACUUUUUUAUUAUCCA